AUGGAAGGAGUUGUGAGGUUUGGUCGCAAGGGCAAGCUGAGCCCUUGGUUUAUUGGGUCAUACCAGAUUCUGAAGCGAGUAGGGCCAGUUGCAUAUCAGUUGGAGCUACUUCUAGAGUUAGACCACAUACAUGAUGUGUUCCAAGUCUCGAUGUUGAAACGCUAUCGCUCUAAUCCUACACACAUUAUGCUUGUGGAGAAGAUUAAGGUUAGACCAGAUCUAACAAUUGAGGAGCUGGUUCAGAUCCUAGAUCGCGAUGUUAAGGUUCUACGUAGGAAAUCUAUCUCUUUAGUAAAGGUGUUGUGGCAGAAUCAUAGCACUGAGGAGGCUAGUUGGGAACCGAAGGAUUCGAUGCGUCAACAGUAUCCUCACCUUUUCAGAUCAGGAGGUCCCAGGUUCAAACCUUAG